UCAUAUGACGAUGACGUCGCGCCUGGAGGGAGCCAUAUUGACAAGCAUUAAUGCUAAAAAAUGUCGGCUGCCAGCGCUGGAUCAAAUAGAAAUUACUCCUUCAAAGUUGUCCUGCUUGGAGAAGGUUGUGUUGGAAAAACAUCACUGGUUUUGAGAUAUGUUGAAAAUAAGUUCAAUGAUAAACAUCUCAGUACAUUACAGGCAUCUUUUCUAGACAAAAAGCUGAACAUUGGAGGCAAAAGAGUAAAGUUAGCCAUAUGGGAUACGGCUGGACAGGAGAGAUUCCAUGCAUUAGGACCUAUAUAUUACAGAGACAGUAAUGGUGCUAUAUUAGUGUACGAUAUCACUGAUGAAGAUUCCUUCCAAAAGGUUAAGAAUUGGGUGAAGGAGCUUCGAAAGAUGUUGGGGAAUGAUAUCUGCUUGUGUAUAGCUGGUAACAAAAUAGAUCUUGAAAAAGACCGCCAUGUAUCAAUAGAGGAAGCUGAAGCGUAUGCAGCUUCAGUAGGAGCAAAACACAUCCAUACUUCUGCCAAAUUGAAUAAAGGAAUUGAAGAGUUAUUUUUAGAUUUAAGUAAACGAAUGAUCGACACUGCCGGCAUGGAUAAUGGACAAGGGUCAAUGGGACGGCCAACACGAAGAAAUGUCGUUACAAUAGUAGAUGAUGAGCCGCAGUCGAGUGGAGGCGGAUGCUGCGGGGGUGGCUCCUAAAGAGGCGGGAGAUUUCGAAAUUGUCACUCCAUGUUUCUAUCAUAUUGACUAUCAUAUAAUGAAAAUAGACUCAAAUUAGUGUGCUAUGUGUACAGUAUCAGAAAUUGAUAUUUAUGUCAGUGGUGUCAUAACCGAGGGGGGCUGAUAAUAACGAGGUGUUGACUUAUUUGAAAAUUCAGUCAUGAGGUGUGUGGGAACAACAAGUCUUUUUUUAAAUUAUUUUUCCUGGCUGUUAUACAUGUAUGUGGUAAUUGUUGAGUUUGUGGGCAUACUACAAGUUACUAUUGUAAAAUCAGCCAGGA